UCUCCAUAGAGACCAAUUAAAAAUUGUACGAUCUGAAUUUUCAAAAUUAUCCAGCGACGAUUUCGAUCUAUUGACGCGUAAAGGUGUGUUUCCAUAUGAAUAUGUGGAUUGCGCGAACAAGCUGCAGGAUCCGCGUCUACCUCUGCACGAGUUAUUUUUCAAUUCUCUGAUCGGUGACACUGUAUCAGAGAGCGAUUACAUGCAUGCUUUGAAUGUUUGGAAACGAUUCUCCAUCCAAACCCUAGGCGACUACAGCGAUUUAUAUUUGAAAACCGAUGUCUUGUUAUUGGCCGACAUUUUUCAAAAUUUUCGCGAUAAUAGCAUCAACAGUUACGGAUUAGAUCCCGCGUAUUAUUAUACAUUACCAGGAUUCACGUGGGACGCCAUGCUGAAACACACGCGCGUAAAUUUCGAGCUGCUCACGGACAUUGAUAUGGUCAUGUUUGUGGAACGCGGCAUACGCGGUGGUCUCAGCCAAUGUUCCGGUAGAUAUGCUCGAGCCAAUAACAAGUACAUGCAGUCUUACGAUCCAUCGAAAGCUUCCUCAUACUUGAUGUGCUUUGAUGUCAAUAAUUUGUACGGGUGGGCGAUGUGUCAACCAUAUGCAAAUUUUCGAUGGGUCACUAACGUUACUGAUUUUAAUGUAAAUGCGGUCGCUGUGGACUCAUCGAUAGGUUACAUUCUCGAGGUUGAUCUCGAAUACCCACAAAGUAUACACGACGAGCACACUGACCUACCGUUCUGUCCGACGCGCGAUAAGCCGCCAGGCAAGCGACAGGAAAAGCUACUUGCGAGUGUGUAUGAUAAGAAGCGUUACGUCAUACACUACUGCAACCUGCAACAGUGCACGCGUCAUGGGCUUCGCGUGACAAAAAUACAUCGCAUAUUGGAGUUCUCGCAAUCUCCAUGGCUACGCAAAUAG